UAGAAUGGGAAGAAAAGCAAAACAAAAAGAUAUUUCAGAAACCAAAGAUAAUCAUUGCACCAUUUGUGGAGAAAACACAAGUAUUUCCUCAUUGAAGUGAACAUUCAUGGCAAAUGUUGAUUGGACACAGGCAAAGAACAGAAGUAGCACAAUAUCACAGUAAUAAUGCAUCUCAGAAAAAGGCUGCACCUGUGGGCCUGAUUCCCUAGGCUGCAAGUGACUCUGCAGUAAUACGUCAAAAGCAGCAGCAUCUGCCACCCGUCUUUCAGAGUCCGGGGGCGGUCCUCUCCUGCCUCUAAAAUGAGUGACAGCACAAAGAGGGGAGGGCCCAUGCAGGAUAAAGCUAGAAAUUGUGUCAGGAAGGGAGGACUGCCAACCAGAAACCUGAGACAGGGUCUGGUCUCAGGCACUGAUGGCAGAGAUGGAAAAUGUGUCGUAUGUACCUUUGAAGCAGCCCAUCGUGUUCACAGUGGAAGGCUUCAUCAUAACCAGGCAGCAGGGGUACCUUCUGUUUUUUGUCUCUCUCAUCGUGUAUGCUGUGAUGUUGCUGGGAAACAUCACCGUGGUUAUGGUGAUAGUAGCGGAUGCCAAACUCCACAAGCCCAUGUACAUGAUGAUGUGCAACCUGGCAGCAUGCGAUCUGCUCGGGGGCACGACAGUCAUGGCCCAGCUGAUGCCACAAUUCUUAACAGGGUACAACACCAUCGGCUACACAGCGGCCAUUUUCCAGGUCUUCGUUGUCCACACGUAUGGCUUGGCCGUCGCCACCAUUCUGUCGGCCAUGGCGUACGACCGCUAUGUGGCCAUCUGCCAGCCGCUGCACUACCACGCCAUCAUGACCACUAGGAGGCUGGUUUCACUGUGUUGUCUUGCCUGGUUUGUCGCUGUCUGCAAAGUCGUGAUCCUCGUCAUUCUAACUGUGCAAACGCCACUGUGUGGGACAUUAAUAAUGCAUGUCUACUGCAGUAAUGGAGCCAUUCUGAGGCUGGCGUGCAUACCCACCCCCAUCAACAACAUCUACGAUUUGUGUACAAUUUGGUCCCUAAGAUCCGGGUGCUUCUUAAUCAUUGCUUUUUCCUAUGUCAAGAUCCUCAAAGCAUGCAUCAUCAAACAGGAGAAAAACAGUUGGAGCAAGGCCAUACAGACGUGCGCCUCCCAUCUCACCAUUUAUAUCCUCUUUGAGAUCUCCAUUUUAAUCAUUGUCAUCACCUACAGAUUGCAAGAGAUCAGCCCCAACGCCAAGAAGUUCUGGGCCAUUUUUUUCAUCAUUGUGCCCCCCACAGUCAACCCAAUCAUCUAUGGCAUCGCCACAAAAGAUAUUCGCACAAACAUCGUGAAGUUUUUCAAAUCCACUAUUUCACCGAAAUAGGGAAACCAGC